AUGGAACCCUCGUCCACCACCUUCCACCGCCAAGAUGCGAUAUCCCUCGCCGUGAAGGGUACACUCUACGGCAGCGGCGCCGGAGCCUUCAUCUCAGCCAUGCAAAACACCCUCACAAAGUCCCCCGUGGGCGCCGCCUCCUUCAUCACUCGCACCGGUGGCGUGAUCGGGCUGGGAGCGGCCAUAGGCGGCUCGUACAUGUUUUUCCGCACCGCAAGUGCCAACCUCCGUGGCGUGGAUGACAGCAUCAACCCCGCUAUCGGUGGCGCCGUCGCGGGCGCGCUGCUAGGGAUCCGGGUCCGGACCAUGUCGGGGGUUGUCGGGUGCGGUGUUGGGCUGGGGGUUGUCAUGGGGAUAUUCGAGUACACGGGUGGAGCUCUGGGCAGGAGGUUGAGGGGCGGGGGGGUGAGGGAUGAAGUUGGGAGGAAGGAAGGGGUAAGAGCGCGCACGAGACGGGAUGUCGGGGAGACUAUUGAGGUGUUGGGAGAAGGGAGAGGUGGGGUUCCUUUUUUUUUCUUUUCUUUGUUUGGUGGGGCGAGGAGGCUGACCUUUCCCCGGGUGGCGCGCUGGAGGGAUAGGCAUUUACGGAGCUGGAUGGGAAGAGCGUAGGAGAGCGAGAUUGACGCAAAAGUACGGGGUCAAUUUUGAUGAGGUCAAGUAGGUGUCGUGCGUGGCAUUACUUAUUUUUAUGUUUUUUCCCUCUCACCGCCUCUUCCCCUAAGCUUGCUUUUUCCCUCGCGAUGGCAGUGGUGAUCGUGGGGGCGACAGACACAUAAGAAAAGGGAAAAGAAAAAGAGGGAGAACCAAAAAGAAACCAAAAAUCAAACCCUCCUUGUUUGACAAUUCAUCUCCUUUUAGGACCUUGUUUGCAUUGCAGUUUGCAUUUCCCUCCCUACCUGCGCGCAUGGAAUUCCUUCCAUGUCAUAACAUGAAUGAAAUGAUUGAUAUCAUCAAUUAGCUUCCAAACACCGAGUGACAAGCUGUGAGUUCUAGCAACCUUUCUGUUCUUUCUUUUCUUCUUCCGUUCCUGUUCCGCUACUUUUGUACGACAAGCUAUGAUACUCCAUACAUAACCUCUACUCAGCGGCCAACCAGCGUGAUGCGUCCAUUGCUCGGGUAGCUAGGAGGGAGCAGAAGGGUGGAAUUACAUGAAAAAUAAAUAAAUAAAUAAAUAAACAGGCAAAGUUGAAACUCCUACCCGUACUAUGCCCGGUCAGUUAGUUGUCCUUUUGUCGUUAUUCCCAUUCUUAUUGGUGAAUUUUGAGUUUGGAGCGGAGAAAUGAUUUGGAAAAGGGAAGAUAAAGAAAAUUGUAACCCCUGCUCUACUCAAGCAAUCAACGAACAUAUGAAGCUGGAGGUCUUGUUUUCCCCCCCUUCCUGUCAUUUUGAGGUAGUCAAGGCACGGCGCGUCCGGAUGCAAGAUAGAUAGAGGGGAAAGAAGAAAUAGAGAAAAAGCGGAAUUGUCGAGAUUCCUAAUCCGAUGAGGGGGGGGAAUACUUGAAAAGGGAGAAAGGUGAAAAAAAUUGUGCAGAAGAUAGACUGAACUAAAUCAUAAACAAACGCCUUAUCCGUUUUGACCCUGACUCGAAGGUGUAGGAAAGAACCCUAGAGUGUAAAAGAGAAGUAAGUAGAAGGCAGGAAAUGAGGAAGGAGAGAUGAUGGAAAGGAAGGAGAAGAAGAAAGGUAUAGAAGAAGAAAGGUAUGGAAAAAGAGACAAUGAAAGAGGCAAAGAGGCUAUCACAAGAUCCUCAUCUGCCGCGGCCUCGUAGCAGCACUGAGAAUAGCGAUAUCCACGUCCCGACUUGCAGCCACGUAACCGUCACUCUCAUCUAGACACCCAUCCGGAUCAUCAGAGAACCGCGUAUCAAGCAGCAGGAUAGAGUCCUCCUCCUCUUCCUGGUCUUCGGAGCACUCUACUUCCUC